CGGCGCUGUGGCCGGAGGUCCCGGAAUCCAGAGGCGCAAGUGGCCGGCCGCGUGUCGGGGUGCAUUGGCGGCAGCGGGAGGUUCGGUUCGGAGGGGAAGUCAGACGUCUAACAGUGCGGACAGAGCAAGAGGCGGUAUCGACAGUGCUAUGAAGCCGGGAUUUUCACCGCGGGGAGGAAGGGGCGGUUUUGGUGGCCGUGGCGGUUUCGGAGACCGCGGUGGCCGGGGCGGUUUCGGAGACCGUGGUGGCCGUGGCGGUUUUGGAGACCGCGGUGGCCGGGGCGGUUUCGGCGGGAGAGGUGGAUUCGGUGACCGGGGAGGGAGAGGAGGAGGACGAGGUGGAUUUGGAGACCGAGGAGGUCGAGGUGGUCGGGGGCGUGGGGGAGGUCGUGGAGGUCGAAGGGGCGGAUUCCGCGGCGGAUCGAAAGUGACAGUCGAGCCGCACAGGCAUGAAGGUGUCUUCAUUUGCCGAGGGAAAGAGGACGCCCUCGUGACGAGGAACAUGGUUCCUGGGGAGUCGGUGUACGGGGAGAAACGGAUUGGUGUGGAGGAGGCUGAGCAAAAGAUCGAGUACAGGGCCUGGAACCCCUUCCGGUCGAAGCUGGCAGCUGCCAUCCUUGGAGGUAUCGACCAGAUCCACAUUAAGCCCAAUGCCAAGGUGCUGUACCUGGGGGCGGCUUCUGGCACCACCGUCUCCCAUGUGUCGGACAUCGUGGGGCCGGAUGGCCUGGUCUAUGCCGUUGAGUUCUCCCACCGCUCAGGCCGGGAUCUCAUCAAUGUGGCCAAAAAGAGGACAAACAUCAUCCCCAUCAUUGAGGAUGCCCGACACCCCCACAAGUACCGCAUGCUCCUGGGGAUGGUGGAUGUCAUCUUUGCUGAUGUCGCGCAGCCAGACCAGUGCAGGAUUGUGGCCAUCAAUGCCCACCAUUUCCUCAAAGUCGGUGGCCACUUUGUCAUAUCUAUUAAGGCAAACUGCAUCGACUCGACAGCAGCGCCCGAGGCCGUGUUUGCGGCAGAGGUGAAGAAGAUGCAGCAGGAGAACAUGAAGCCACAGGAGCAGCUGACUUUGGAGCCCUAUGAGCGGGACCAUGCUGUAGUGGUUGGAGUCUACAGGCCACCCUUGAAGCAGAAGAAGCUUUAACAAGAUUAGAACCUACAGACAAGCUGGACAACCAUCUGAUGAUGUGUUCUCAGUCUUGAACUUGACUGAACAAAGCGUUCUUGGCCUGACUUUUAAGAGUGAAGAAUAACUUGCCUUUUGCUUUUGUAAAAGAACUCUAUUUCCAAAUAACACUGCUCAGUCUUGGGCAGUGUUGGGGUUUCUGACAUUGUUUGGUAGUGGGGUGGGGGAAAUGAGAAGAUUCAGGAAAAGAAAAUGUAUAUAGAUUUGAAUUUUAAAAUAUUCUUCGGGGAUGUUAGUUUUUCUUUCCUAUUUCUGGAAGGAACAAGAUCGUAGCUGAGGUUGAUGGCUGUUUACUCCUGGGAUUAGAUUAUGGAGUAUAAAUCCGCUGUAAUGACUGAGCUGUUCUGGAGAAAAAGUCCAAAGAUAUUCCCAACCCUCUCCUCAGCUUAGAAACGGGCUACUCUCCUUGUUCUGAGAACCAUACACACUCUGCUUAACCGGGAGGUAUUUUUAUAUACAUUUCAUUCAGUGAAGCUUGGCAUCCAAUAUCCUGUUUUGGCAGGAUGGGGUCCUCCUUCCGGUAGGGUCCCGGGGAAGCACUAGGGAGCCCCUGCAGAUUCUUUUCAGCAGCAAACAUUUUGCAGGAAACAGUGUUAUGUACUUGUAUGCUAAUGGAUUUGCAAAGUUUUUAUAUUAAAAAGAGAAAGCAAACAGA